AUGUCUCAGUUCGUGCCUCCAGCGACGGAAGGCACAAUCGACGGAUUGAGUCACGAUGAGGGUGCUAGCUUGCCAGAAUCAUAUCCCAGCUGCUGGGAGAGCCUACUUGCGGCAGCAUUCAAGUAUCCCGACAGCAUUGCCCUUGUCUCAAUGCAUCAGCCGAACAACUUAUACGGCAUUGCAAGCACUCCUGCUACAUUAACUGCUCGUUGCGAUCGUCUGAGGUGGACCUACAGAACACUCAAGACCACUGCAGAGCGACUGGCAACCGGAUUGGCAGCUCGCGGAAUAAGCUCUGGCACAAUUGUUUUCACAUUCUUGCCCAAUUGUGCCGAGUUCGUCUUGACCCUUUGGGCGGCAUGGAGGUUGGGCUUUACACUGGUGCCUUUGAACUCUCGCAAUCUGGCUAAUAGGAGGGAAUUUGAGCACAUGAUUGGCACAGCAUUACGCCAAAGCACAUCCGAGAGCGCCGUGGUCAUUGCUGGAUCGCAAGACAUAGCUCGAGAGGUCGAAUCGUAUACGGAGCUGCGCUCUGCAGUCAAAAUCAUGAUCGAAGAGCACAACCUCGACGACUGGCUCUCCUUCGGAACCAUACUUGACUUUAACAAAAAUACGCCAACCUUCUCCAGAAGUGACCAAAUGCUGGCGACUUCAAGUCAUGAUCGGAUGAUUCUCUUCACAAGCGGUACUACAGACUUGCCAAAAGGGUGUCAGUUGGAUCAUCCUCAUGGACUAUCAUCGUGGCAAGCGAUGCUGGCUACGGGCACCAAGGAGAUUCGCGCGGCUCGUGCGACUCAUGGCAGUGUUUGUGCGGUCGUCGCCCCUAACAAUCACCUCAUGUGGUAUGCCACGGCUCUUCUUGCGCUCUGCUCAGGCGCUACUGUUGUAUUUCCUGGAGAGGCUUUCGAGCCACAACAGUUCUUCGCUGCAGCUAGAGAAGAAUUCGUGACACACUUUAUAGGCGUGCCGACUAUGAUUCAUGCGCUCGUGAGUGCAAAAGCUGGAUCAUCCAAUGAGCUGACAAGUCUGAGGACUAUUGGGCUUGGUGGAGCUGGCGUCAGUUCACAGGUUGUACAAGCAUGCAUCGAUAAUCUAGGGGCUCAUGGCGUGGAAGUGCUGGGCGGCAUGACGGAGCAGGCUGUAUUCUCGAGCGGGCAGGUCGGCAGAUCUGCUCAUAAUGAGCACAAUACUAUGACCAUAGGGCGCUGCCUACCUGGCUGUGAGGUUAAGAUAUGCGAACCUGGAAGUACACAUCCUGUCCCUUUGGGUACGCCAGGUGAAUUGCACUUCACUGGACCAGGUCUCGUACACGGAUAUCUUGGACAGUCCAACAGCCCAAACUUCUAUGUGGAAGGCCAGAAAAGAUGGAUUGCGACUGGCGACAUGGUCACCAUGGACUCCGAGAAGAGAAUCUACUACGUUGGCAGGUACAAGGAAAUGAUCAUCCGAGGCGGAGUCAACAUCUCAUCUUCGGCUAUCGAAGCCUGUGUCACAAGAGAACUACCGGACAUGAAAGACGUGGAACUCAGCGUAGUGGGACUCCUUGAUGAGGUUGCAGGCGAAGUACCAAUUGCGGUCGUGAGUAGAACCUUGGAUCCACCCAUGGUUGCAUCAAUCAAGAGAGUCAUUUCACAACAUCUCGGCCAGAUGUUCGCAUUGGAUGACGUGAUCACCCUGCAAGAUGUUGGCAUAACUGAUUACCCUCGGACAGCACUUGGAAAGGUUCAGAAGUCGAAACUCAAGGACCUUGUGAACCGAAGAAUUCAGAAAGAAGGCGACCACCCAACGGGCGGUGAUUCUCUCGACAUCAAGGUGUUUUCUGUGAUCGCCAGGACUACCGGCAUCCCUGUUGAGAGUAUUCUUCCGACGACUGAACUUUCAGAGCUCGUUGACAGCAUAAUGCUCAUGCGAUUGAUGAACAGGAUAGCAAAGGAGACAGGCCGUCGACUGAGUAUGGACCACCUGAUCGGCACUCAGACUGUGGGCUCCCUUGUCAAAAUGCUUGAGCAGCAGCCGCUUGGACCCAAUGCGGUCUCGAAGGGUAAUGCAGCGGAGCGAUUGUCGCUGAAACGUUCGCUCAAUGCUGAAGUCAUGAUUUUCCUAGAAGGCAGUGAACUCACCUUCAGCACUGUAAAACAGGUCGUUGAGCAUACCAUUUCACCCUAUGGAAAAGACUGGAGGGAUGUGGAGCUCGUGUUCCCAGCAUAUGACUUCACCCGUGUGUUGGUGCAGGAUGGAACUCUGGACAAGUGGAGCUUCAAAGUCUUGUUUCUCGCACGAGGACACACUGUCGAGAGUCUUCGCGCUGCACUUCUGCGAACUUGGGCGAAUAACCCGAUGCUAGCCUCAUUCAUAGUCACAAAUGAAGGUCUCCUUGGUCCGGAUCUAGCUCUACACGUUACGAUGAAGCACAACGAUGAAUUUCUAGCAAGUCUCAUACGAGAUGGCGGCACAGUUCAAAGUCUUGACCAGCUGAAGACUCAUGUGCAAGCCUUUCGAAAUCAUCCUCAGCUACCAGGGCCAUUGGUGGGCACAACAAUGCUCUAUUGUGAGGAGACUCAGUGUGCCGCCUUGAUACAUAACAUGCACCAUGCCGUCACCGAUGCCACCUUCGCGUCCUUGGUCAAUGAUGAUCUUGACCAGGCACUGGGAUCGAGUAUCGCUCUCUCAUCACAUGUAUCAUAUCAGUCUUACUGCGAAACCCUUUUCACUUUGCGCGACUCAAUCACCGCGCGAACAGCUGUCGAAUACCAUGCGGAGAAGCUGCAACAUUUGUCCCGUCAUCAGGAGCACCUCUGGCCAUCUUUGGGCAGACAGCUUGUUCUCCAGGAAGAAAAGCGAGACGGCUAUAUCCACACAUUCUCUGCUAAACCAGCACAGCAUCUCUGUGCAGUGCAUAAGGGCCUUGCACCAUCAUUAGUCCUCAAAGCCGCGACUGCGAUGUUUCUGCUACGCCAGACUGGACACACGCAUGCGGUUUUUUCCCAUGUCGAAGCAGGACGUGAUCGAUUUCCCUUCUUGCCGAAGUCCAUUCUAAUCACGGCUCCUCAACUACAGGCCAGCGACGUUGGAGGUCAAACAUUCCAGCUCAUCAUGAAUCUCAUACAGCCGGGUUCCGAGGAAUCAACGAUCGACUUCCUGCUAAGAUUACAAGAAGAGCAGAACCUUCAACACAACUACGCAGCCGCACCCUGGGCUGAGAUCAUGAGAUCAUUGGAUCCCGACUCUGUUGCAUUCUUCCCAACAUCAGCUUCGACUUGCUUUUUCAACUGGUUGGGAGUGGAAAUGAGUUCUGGACCGGCUACGUUUCGCAACAUUGAAGUGGUUGACGCUGUCUUCAGUGUUACGGCUCCGCCGUUUGCCAAUAAUUGUGCUCUUCGGAGACGACUUGAUGGUGAUGAGAUUGUGCUGCAUUUACGGGGAGCGGUUCUCAGCAUCGAGGAGCUUCGUCAAGCAGCUCUCGAAAUCGAGACAGCGGCUGUUUGGUUGGCAGAGGAGGCAAAUUGGAUGAAACCCGUUGUGAAGUAUCUGGAGUGGUCCAGCAAUCACCGAGUAGUUUAGACGAUUGAGAUGGACCGAAAGUCUAUUUGCACGGCAGACGAUACCUGGCUCAGACUGGAUUCGUUGCUUUUAUCUCGCAGGCUGUCUUGUGUGUCUGGACCCAA